AGGAGGCUGACUGAUUUUCGCAUGCUGCUUUGUUCAAAUGCGAUAGGUAAUUAAUUUCGUUGAUGAUGGUGCUAUAGGUGAUUGAUUUUGCCAGUGAAACAUUUUUGUUAAUAUUUAUUUAUUCACUAUGUAAAUGUUAGUAAUAUUUAUUUCAAUUUUACCUGCAUUUGAAGAUGAUCACACAUACCGUGAAAGCGUUAUUGUUGGUUUCAUUUUUACUCCAAAUCAGUGAAUCAAAAAAUCUAGCUGAAAAUGCUCCCGACAUAUUGUUCGAUGAAAACAAAGUACUUCUGUACUUUUUUGACUCCGAAUUUCCCAUUCCGACACAGAAAAGGCUGAUGGUCAAAAAGUUUCUUGAAGAUAUCGGAAAGAAAUCGUGCUUGCAAUUCAAAGAAAUAGACGCCUACAACAGCAAAUGCAGAACCGUUCAAGCCAAGCCAACUCUGUGCAUAAGCGGCGUAGAUCACAGUAGCAAGUCAGACAGACACGGAUAUGGUUGUGAAAUUCGUUGGCCAAGUGGUCCGAAUGGCAAAUAUGGCAGAUGGCUUCCAUAUACGUACAAGCCCGGCGAGUUUCUGGGAUGUUCCUGGCCGGCAUCUAUGAUGUAUUUAUACUUCAUGAUGGGGUAUGACCCUCCUGUUUAUAGACCUGACAGGGACGGGUAUAUAAGCAUCAACCCGUUUGAAAUAUGGACCAUGGAUAAAAUGACCUCUUCAUCGAAAUAUGCCUGUGGACUUCAGAGUGUAACAGGACGAAAGGAAACUGAAGAAGAUUUUGAAAGUCAUAAAGUAUUGGACAAAGCGUCUGGAGAGAAAAAGCUCCCAUUUUAUACUUUUAAAUCUGUGUUUCACACUGGAACCGCUGGUGACUCCUUGCCCCGUGAGCCAAAGCCAGUUUAUGUUACUAAAUUUACGAUAUGGCAGCCAUGGCUAGAUGCAUCGAAAUACACAAAGAAUUAUGAGGCUCGCUACACUCACCACGACGAAGCUAUACUUGGCUGGCGGCAGAAAUGUGACAUUCAAGAAAGAAACGCCUGUGGUGUUGAGUCGACUACAUAUGAAAGAUUUGAUCAUUGGAGCUCUUGUCCGUCAAACGGAUUCAUGAGAGGCUGCAAGUGCGUUUGUUCAAGUUAUUCGAUGCAAGAAAUGACGUGCACAAGUUAUGACCUUGUGGGUGGUGGCGAAAAGGUGGUGAAAGAUGACGACUACAAUCCCACAGAGGAGCCAGGCAGGCAUAUGCCUAGAAUGUCUGUUUAUACUUAUGAUCAGCUCGAUGCUUUUGGGCGCACAGUAUCCUUGGAAGAAGAAAUUCAGAAAUUCAAUGAUGAUCGCGAUGAUGCUGAGAUUGUGGUAGCCGGAUACAAAUAUUCAAGGCAGCAGGUAUUUGGAGAUGAAUGGGCAUACCGGUUCAUCUUAUUAUUGUUGAAGGGCAACACGCCAUGUUCUCGCCCUGUUCUACAAAUAGACGGACGUGAAUAUCUCAAAACAGGAGCCGGCCAAACUUUGGGAGAUGACAAAUACGAAAAAUUUAUCGUGAUGCGUGGAUUUGACUGCUUUGGCCUGGUUACCGGCUUCUUUGACCAGAACGGAGAUCCAUUCUAUGAGGCCGAUUGGGACGGAACCACUAAAGACACCAUGUUCAGGAGAAGGCUUUAUUGUUAUUCUUCACUGUAUUUGGAAGAAACGGAACUCCGCGCCAAAACCCAAAGAGCGAGUUUGUAUUUGCAGUAUAACUGGGUGCUGGACGCCGAACACCUCGUGCCAAAGGGUCCCUUCAACUUGAAGAUGACCGUUUUGGGCAGUGAUGACCCAUGGUGCGGACUGACAAAUUAUUGUUCGCCAUUUUUCGGCACGGAUAAGACCUACGAGCGUGAGUAUUGCAGGACUCACCUUCCCCCGCCUACGACAACCAAGGCGCCCACCACCACGGCUAAACCGACAACGACCACCACCACCACAACAACGACGACCACAUCUCCGACCACCACCACCUCCGAGAAGACGACCACCAAAUCCACUACUGCGAAGUCGACCACAAAGUCUACAACCACAACCACCACGACGACAACGACAACAACGCCUACAACUACUACUACUACAACGACGACGACGACGACUACAACCACCAAGCCCACCACCACCACCACAACAACUACUACGACCACUACGACAGUAAAGUCGUUGCCGCCCUUGACACGGUCAACUAGAUUUACACGCAAUCCCAAUGCUACCCGCACUGCUCCAAGUGAUAAAACAGCAGUUUUUCCUCCGGUUGUUACUGUCGAAAUGAAACCACCUGAAACAACACUUUCAACCCCAUUCACCACCUCUCCAACUACCACAAGAGCGCCAACAACCACCACUACCCAUCCUACCUCCCCUACAACAACAUUCGCCCCGCCACAAUGGUCGACAACCACUAAGGCGCCAACGACAACAACGACCACGAAGAGAACGACACCAACAACGACCUCCACAACGACAACAACGACCACAACAACACCAAGCACUACAACCCUCCCGCCGCGAGUUCCUUUCACAACUAUGUUAGUUCAGUGGCAUUUUACACAUUUCUCGACAAGAGAAACAUCCACCGCGCCGCCAACGACUACAAGAAAAACAACAACGACCACAACGACUACAACAACCACAACGACUACGACUGCAUCGACAACGACAGCUGCGGCUGCUGAAACUGCCAAGUCAACGACAACAGAGGCAGCCACGGUGCCGACACAGGCCCCGACAGUUAGUCCGACGACCAUAUACGAUUAUGAUUGUUACUUCGACCUGCAUAUACAUAGCAACUUGCAUACGCAUACCAAGACAACCACCAGGAUGGUCAACAAAAUUCCCAAUACCAAGACCUGGAAUAGAGCUUCCUUUCUUUGACAAAGUCACCAAGCCAACAACUCAAAGUACGAAAUCAACUCGCUUUCCUACUCCUCCUCCGACGAAGCCGACGAAAAAGGUGACUAAAACUUUGGCUACGGACCUCGGGCCGUACACGCGUCCCACGGGAACAAUCCCCACUGAUGGAACAAGACCGACAAAUAGAAUGGGUAAAACAAGAGGAACAAGAAAGCCGACGCCGGCCACGGAGCCGACAGAUACCGGCGACGACACCCACGGUGGAGAGCACACCACGGAAGGAGACGGCAAUGUGCCAGGCCCCUUACCGGGAGGAGGCACCGACUCAGACACUCAAACCACUAAAUCUGACGGAAGUGAGCCUGGACCGGGCCAGCCGGGCGGCGGCUCCACCGGGCCACCUGGCGGAGGAGGCACAGAUACCGGCGGUGGUACCACAAAGGGAGGUGAUGGCACCGCCACAGGCGGCCCAGGCGGCACGGGCGGCCCAGGCGGCACAGGCGACAAAGGCGGUGGCACGACAGGAGGCCCUGGUGGCGGUGGCGUCGGCGGCGGUCUUGGAGGAACAACAACGUCAACCACAGAGUCCAUCAUUGGCGCUGGCGUGGGUGACCCUGGCAAGGCUGUCAAGAGUGAAGGCAAAGGUGGAGCUGGUCCACUGGUCGCCGGCAUUCUUGUGCCGCUUCUACUGCUCCUCUGCAUUCUCAUCAUCUGUCUAGUGAUGAAGAAGAAGAAGAAAGAGCCUGGAGAAGGAGACGAAGAGGGUGAAGACGGUGAAGAUGGAGAAGGAAUGGGCGCUGAUGGAAUGGGUGGCAUGGGCGGCGGAGCUGGCGGAAUGGGCGGCAUGGGCGGCGCAGGAGGAAUGGGAGGAAUGGGCGGCGGAGCAGGAGGAAUGGGCGGCGGAGCAGGAGGAAUGGGCGGCGGAGCUGGCGGAAUGGGCGGCAUGGGCGGCGGAGCCGGAGGAAUGGGCGGCAUGGGCGGCGGAGCCGGAGGAAUGGGCGGAAUGGGCGGCGGAGCCGGAGGAAUGGGAGGCGGAGCCGGUGGAAUGGGUGGAAUGGCUGGUGGAGCUGGUGGAAUGGCCGGUGGAGCCGGCGGAAUGGCUGGUGGAGCCGGCGGAAUGGCAGGUGGAGCCGGCGGAAUGGGCGGCGGAGCCGGCGGAGCCGGAGGAGCGGGUGGAUCAGGUGCCGGAGGAGGAAAGGGCGGAGGAAAGGGCUUCCGCUUUGGAAAGAAGAAAGGAAAGGACGGUGGAGCCGAUGAUAUCGAUCUCUUUGGAGGUGCGAUUGGACCUGGUGAACAAGAUGCUCCAGAAAUGUUCCUCCCGGGAGCAUCGGGCUAAUUUAGUAAUUUUCAACUGCUCUUGCCGCCAAAACAAAUCGAACGAGCAUUGUUCUUUGACUGAAGCGCAAAUCACAAGUGUUUAUGCGUUACAAUGUAUUGUUCUUCGAAAAAUGUCGACUAAAUCGCUCAAAAUACAGGCGCACCAUGCAA